CCUUGGCAACGUUUGGUUACAGCAUCGUCCAUGUUGUUAAUAGUUGCUCAAGUCUGAUAAACAGAGGGUGUUCAGAACAGGAAUCAUUUGAGGAAAUACCUCGUAACUAACAGCUGUCAAGAUGCCUGGGGGUGCCGCAUUAGCACAGCGUCCUAUAACUGAACAGAUUGAAGAACUAAAGGCUAAACUCGCCUUGUUGGAGGGUGACCGAAAGGCUUACUAUGAAUCCUCACAGUAUUGUAUGAAACAGAAUCGAGAUAAUAUUACAAAUCUCCGAAAAGAAACAACAGAGCUGAGAAAGAGACGAAGCGACAAACUCAAGCAAGAUGAACAUGUUAUCGACAGAGCCCUCAAUGACAAACCCGUCAUGAGAGCCGCCCUGUCUGGCAGGACAGGCAGGGAGGCCAUCAUAAUUUAUGACCACAAAGUAUCCGAUUCGAUGAAGCAGCUCAAUGCUCUGCGGCACCAAACAGCUCAGAAGCAGAAGAGACUGGAGGAAGCACAGACCCAGUACAACAUCCUUGUGAAAGACUCCUCUGAUGCUGUUGCCACAGACAAGGGAGAUUCCCAUGAAGCCCAGACAAUGCGCUACCUGGAAAACGCCUAUGACAAAAUAAUCAUGAAGUGUGAAGAGGCAAAACAAGUCAGGAGAGUCUACUUUGAGAUCAAAUCCAAGUUUGCUGAGGAGGCCCAGACAUACCCAACACGACUGGACCUGAUGGAGCAAGAGAUUGCCAAGACAAAGGCAGAGCUGAAGGACCUCAAGGCCAUGGAAAAUGAUGCUGAGAGAGCUAAACAGUCAGCUCAGGCUGAGCUGAAGAAACAGGAGAAUAUUGUGUAUGGUGAGAGGAAGAAGAGGGAGAUUGAACUUCAAAAGAUGAAGAAGGAGGCUGAGGAGAAGAAGAUGCAACACGAGAGAAUAGAGAAAAGACUGGCACAGCGUGGGUCAGUACAGGGAGAUGAGCUGACAGGCACAGAGAAGACUGCUUUGACUGGGGAGGAGCAUCAGCAGAAGAUCACCACAUACGAGGAGGCCUUCAGACGCAUCAAGGAGGCCACUGGGGUAUCUGAUACUAUGGAGGUGGUUGAGCGCUUCCAGAGUCAAGGCCACACCACUCAGCAUUUGGAGGAUCUCAAGAAGGACAAUGAGAAGACCAUCAUCUAUAUCCGUGAUGACAAGGAAAAACUCAAGCAGGAAUUUGAGGAGAUGAAGUAUUCAGGAGAGGCCAAACUCUCAAGUGGGCAGGCUGUUCUGGAGGAGUUCGAAGCUCACCUUUCCAAAGAGGAGAACCGUCGUGAUGAUGGCGAUGAGAACUUGCAGAGGGCUAGCAAGAUCCUGGUGCAGGUCAAGGCUGGCGUGGAGCAUCUGGCUGACAAACUACACCACCUGAAGGCUAGUAAAGGUCACGUGCCAACAGCCCAGAUCAAUGCCUCGUCAGAUGAGUAUGUGUUGGAUCAGUUGUCGACUUCAGAAGAGAAGCUGCUCAAACUCCUAGAGGAGCUGGAUGGUAAAGAUUUGAAUGAAACCCUGAAACAGAUGGAGGAGGAGGAGUUCCAUGCAAGCAUAGAAGGGACGCUACCCACAUACAACACGAGGAUCAGACUGCCCCAAACACAAAGAGAUCUUGUUUAUGAAGAUGAUGAAGACAGUGGUGAAGAUGACGGAGAUGUUCCAUCUCGAUCCGCAAUCAAGAAACAGUCGCAGUCCAUCAUUGAUUCAAAAACAAAAAGACGCAUUUCUAAGAAAAAGAAGAAGACAAAAUAAAUGACAAAGUGACUGGAGUUUCCACACAAAGACUAUGCUUCUUGUGCAUAAAGAAAUAUCUGUACAUAUGUAUGUCGUGGCAAUUUUGUAGGAGAAUGUAUUCAUGUUUAUUUAUUGGACAUUUUGUUUACUAAUAAUCAUAUAUUUAAAUAUGUUAUACACAAUUUUUCUAAUGUUUCCAUUUAUUCAGUAUUCCGUCCGUCUUCAUGCCAAAUUUGAUAAUUAUUUCUUGCAAAGACAUGAUGUGAUUAUUUUUAUGUUACCUAUUCUGUUAAUUCUUAUAUCAUUAGGAACUAAGGUUAUCUUGGUUUGUGAGAGAAUAAAAAGCUUGUGAUGAAUUUAACCCAGAAGCCUUGAUCAAGAAGGUAAACGUAUAAAGCACUGUCUAUUUCAUAUCUAAAUUUUCACAUACUUUGAGAAAGUAUUAUUUUGUUAAUUGCAUUCCUUGGUCUUGAAAAUAUAUUGCUGUAGUUGCCUUCAUUUGCAAUAUACGUUUCUUAAAAAAUAUUCCAGUAUAUGUAAAAUAUGGCAGUGGUCAUUUGUCCAUUAUCGUUUUUAUUCCGAUGUUAUACAUUCCAUUUUCAGAUGUAUAGUUUUAUUAUGAUUUGUUGUGAAAUGAUAUCGCCAACUAAUAUUUUGAACAAAACCCAAUGAAUUGCCUCCCUUGUCAUCAUGAUUGGUUCAGUACAUCAGUAACAAUAUAACACCAACUGUAAUUUGCAAUUUUCACAAUUAGUAACCAUGGUAACGUGUUUCAUCUUCGCUAGUUGGAAAGAAGACUAACAUUGAGGAAGGUUUUGUUUCGAAUUCAUCUUCUUCCCGUUAGUCCCUAAGCAUCAAAGUUUUUAAUGAUUCCACUUGUUUUUGUAAAAUAUUUUGUACACAUUUCUAUUGUUAAAGAAAAUUUAACAGUGCUGCUUUCAUUAUGAAUAGCUGUCACUAUAAUCAAGGUAUUAUGUACAUUUAAACAAACUUCAUUCCCAUUUCUUGGAAUAAAUAUAGCGGAGAUGCUGGAGUUAAGAUAAUCUUGUUAUUGUUACAGUUAGUUUUACAGCUGGUAGUUUUUAACACAUUAGUGUUUUCCUAUGUUUGUAAGUUUGAUUGUAAAUUUCAUUUACUUAAAUACGUUUCAUCACAGAAUAAUGGUUUUGAUUUUUCAGGGGAAGAUGUUUUAUCAUCCUGAUAAUGAGUGUUCACAGUUGCCAUGUUUGAUCAUUGUAACUGAGUAGUGUUAAACAAGUGUACUUAACUUGUAUAUGUUAAUAAAAUAUUGACAUGUU